AUGCUUCUGUUCAAACACAUCCUAUAUACAUCACCUUUAGACAACGAACACUGCGACAGCAUCUUUCAUCUUGUCGAGUUGUGUUUGAGGCAGAAUUACUUUACUUUUGAAAAUGUAUUUUACAGAAUGGAGGACGGUCUCGGAAUGGGUAACCCCCUGUCUCAGAGCUUCGCCGAGAUCUUCAUGUCUUUCUUCGAGAGGAAAUUAGUAUUUGAUAACAUGAACAAUCCCUAUAGGGAGAAUAUAUUAUUUCGGUUUAGAUACGUCGAUGACGUGAUAGUUUGCUGGACAGGUGAUCGCGAUGAAUUAAACAGCUUUCUAUGUUGGCUUAAUAGUUUACAUCUGAAUAUCAACUUUACUAUGGAAUUGGAAGAAGACUCCGAAAUACCUUUCCUAGACCUGAAACUGAAACGUCUGAACAACAGAAUAUCGUUCAGUAUUUAUCGAAAGCCGACACAGACCGACCACAUUAUCAGCUUCAGUUCGUCCCACCAUUUAAGCCAGCGCCUUUCAGGACUAAGGUUCUUGGUACACCGACUGUUUACCACACCGCUCUCAAGCGAGGAUUUCCAGUCUGAACUAAACAUUAUCAGACAUAUGGCGGUCCGUAAUGGAUACGACGUGGGAUGGGUCGAUGCCUUGGUAAGAAAAGAAGACAUUAAACGCCUGAACAACGAGGCUUCGAUCCUCCAACAGCAUACGCCCAAUAGUAAAUACAUGAGGCUUUCUUACAUCGGGCCGUUGUCUACUCGAUUGGGAAAUGUUUUCCACAACCACGACAUCAGAGUGGCAUAUAAGUCCCCCAACACCCUGUACAAUCUUCUGGUGCACAACAAGGAUAGUGUACCACUGUUGCAACGGAGCGGCGUUUAUAAAUUGACCUGCGGAGACCCCAAUUGUAACGUGGUUUACAUCGGCAGAACGGGCAGAACUCUACAACAACGAAUAAGCGAACAUCUUCGAAGUCAGGGAAUGGACAACUGCGACAAGUCUAUCUUUGGCAGGCAUUUGAGAUUGAACAACCAUCCCUUCGAUCCGGAAAAGGACGCCAGAAUCAUCCACCCGUCUGGCUUCGGUCUGAGACAGUCCGUGUUGGAGGAGAUAGAGAUUUUCUGCCACAUCGACGAUGUGUCUAUGGUCAAUCUCAAUUCAUUGUCCACACACGUUUUCCCCCGCCUCUUUGAUGUUCUUAAGAGGGAGCCAAAUGUAGAGGGGAUCGUGACAUCGGAAGACUGA